AUGUUCUCCCUCAAGACCGUCCUCGCUCUGGCCAGCACCAUGGCAUUGGCCACUGCCUCCCAGGAAGCCAACAUCAUUGGGAACCGACACCCCGAUGCUGGUUGCUUGACUUUCAUCUAUCAGCCUGUAUAUAGUGGCGAGUGUAUUAGCACCGGCGGUCGUGGAUGCGAUGCUCAAAAGCCAUCAUGCUCUACCUGUUCGGAAUUAGAAGUCGAAUGCCACUAUGAUGACUUGCCAUCCCAAAGAAUCGACACUUCAGGGGGCACCCGAGAGAUCCUCGGCCGCCUGCGUGAUAUUGAGACACUCCUCGAGAACCAGUCGGAGAAAAUCGCUGCGAUUUCCAACACAUCGAAUGGGGCAUUUCAUCACGCUCAUAGUGUGACGACACCACAAAGUCAAUCUUCCGUUCCGGUGUCCGGCAUCCAGUCUGCAUCAUGGCCGUUUCUAGGACUCGAUGUUCAAUCAGACAUAGCCAAAUUGCCGCCUUUGACGAUCCCAGUCAAACACAAGACAUCCUCCAGCUACCUGCUGAGGCUGCCGUCCAUGAGGGCCUUGGUCGGAGAAUAUCCCCCGGACCUGUUUUUCUCGCUAGAAUCUCGAAGCUAUUUACCGCCAGAGCUCUCGCUUGAUAGCUGGGCAAUGCCUCAGUCUCAAGCCGACAUUCGUCGGGACGUUGCCGACCAAUUGGUGUCGACGUUCUUCUCACUGGCUCACCCCAAUCAUCCAAUCUUGGAGCAAACCGAGUUUCAGGAGAUAUACGCUCGAUUUCUAGAAAACGGGCCUGAUUCAAGUGUAGCCUCUGCCCUCUGUAUGGUCGUCCUGGCUCUUGGGGCUGUGGCUGACUCGCCGCUGAAAGCGGCUGACUUCAAAAAUUCGCCACCUGGCAUGCAAUACAUGCAACACGCUCUGCCAACCCUCAUUUCUCAGUCAUCAUGGUCAUUUUCAUAUAGCCUGUUGCUGCCGCAGGCUUUGGUACUGGCCAGUGUUUAUUUUGCGUAUAUCGUGCGACCUCUCCAGAGCUGGCGGCUGGUCUAUUCGGCAUCUACUAUACUCCAAUUCAAGCUUUCUGGGAUGGAUGCGCAGGAAGAAGGCCCCAACUGGCGGGAGAGUAUCAUUCGCCUCUUCUGGUCCUGCUUUCUUGUAGAAUGUGAUCGACUUGCGGAGUUGGAGCUGCCCCGAAGCGGAUUACAACAACUGACCGACGAAAUUAGUCUUCCUAAGUGUUCAAACCUUGAUCUCACGCAGUCAACCAGUUAUCUGGCCGAGAUUUCCGUUCGCAGACUGCUAAAUCGUAUCCAUAACUCACUCUAUCCCAGCAAAGCGCACCCCUUGACACUUUCAUCGACUACCCUCGUGGCACCGGAGGAGUUUUCCAUUGAUGAUGUCUCCUCCAUGAUGAAUGUGUCUGAUGAAUUAUACUCCCAGCUGAAACUAUGGCAUUCGUCGAUACCAGAGGCUUCCCGGCCAGUUCUCGGGCUCGGGAUUCCCCCGAGCAAAGCAAAUCCCCGUGAGGCAAUCCUACGGAUUCGGUAUUUUGCCGCUCGACAUAUCAUCUACCGACCAUUUGUGCUUUACAUUGCUACACAUGGAGUGAAGCGGAUACCCGAGGCUAUGAUUGAGAAGGCCGGCAUUUGCAUUGAGAGCUGUCGGUACCAUCUCCAUAAUACCUCUAAAGUUUUGACUCAACCAAGUCAAUACACGUGGACGUUUUCCCUGUCAACGCUGGGGGCAAUUGUAGUACUUACCCUGGCUUCAUUAAGUCCCAACCUGCGACACUUCGUGCCGGACAUUGAUGAGCUUCAACAACUAGCCAUCAACAAUAUACGGCCUUGGGCUUUCUCAAGCCUCGAAGCCGUUGUUGCAAUCCUAGAGGAUAUACAAAGGAAGCAAAGAUUGCUUUCGCGCGUUUAA